GUAUGACUCAUAUAUAACUCGCGAUUCAUAGGAAAACAAUACCCAAAACACACAUUCAGUGUUCAAUCGGCUAUUGAUUGCAUUCAUCAAUGAAUUAGUGAUCGGUUUUUGUCAAUCAAAUCACGGCUUAAGUAGUAAUUAAACCGUAAAAUACAGACAACUUUUGGUGAACAACACUAUCCAUACAAAUGGCUAACAAUGACAGCAACGAGGAGUUCGUUGAUAGCGACAAACGCAAACCCCCGGGAACUACACCUAAACGGCGUGCCUCGGCGGACAACCCCAAGUCGGGCACCGGCGCUCUAACCCCGGGAGGGGUCGGUAGUGCGGGUGGAAAGCGUGCCAAACGUGGUAAACAGAUGCGAGACGCGAACGCCCCCCGACAGCCCCUCAAUGGGUACGUGCGGUACCUGAACAGCAACCGGGAGAGGGCUAAGGGGGCGAACCCUAACCUCUCGUUCGCCGACAUCACCAAACUGUUGGCCGCCGAGUGGAUGGCAUUGCCCGACGAGGGGAAGCGCCAGUAUCUCGACGAGGCCGAGAGGGCUAAGGAGGCCUACCAGAGGGAACUGGAGGAGUAUCAGCGCACGGAUGCCUACCAGGAGUUCCAGCAG